GACAGCAUUUUACUUCUGUCAGCUCUGAUUCAUUUUUUAACAUCUUAUGCAAGUUCUUUCUUGACCCUCAUUUCUAAGCAGACACACUUCUUCUUCGGAUACGCGCUCCUUAUCCCAGCUGAAUUUGAAGCCGCAGAGCCGCGCCUUCCUCGAAACACCUAGAAGCAGGCGGAUAUUUUUUUUUGGCAUCCCCUCUUUUUUUUAUUUCGCCUCCUCCUGCUGGAGCUGGAGAGAUGCCCGGGGCAGGAUGUGCUCCAGCCGCAAGAUCCUGUGGAGCCUGCUGCUGCUGUCCGUGCUGGAAGUGGGGCUGGGUGUGGCGAGCAUCGUGCUGGGAGCCGUGGGCAUCCACUGGGUCAGGAAGGGAAACAUCCACCAGGGCGACGCUUCUCCGGUCUGGAGCGGACUCUGUUUUCUGGUCUGCGGGAUGUGUGGAGUGCUGUGCGCUCGAAAGAGGACGGGUCUUACUAUGAUCCUCUUUUCGGCGUGUUGCAUAUGUGGUCUGAUCGGUGGGAUUCUCAACUUCCAGUUUGUUCGGGCUCUCAGCAAACAGCCAAACUCAACGCACUCGAUCCACCUGGCUGCCAUGACUCUGGCCUGUCUGGGGAUCUCAUCCUGUACCUUAUCCACGUGGCUGACCUGUCGACUGGCCAGCUCUGAGCAGCAGCGGAUGUUCCUGGAGAGGGAACACUCACUGCACCAUUCUCAUGAGAUGGCCGAGAAGGAGAUUCUCGACAACUCAAGUAACGGCAUUCCUCAGAUCUCCUACAAUGGACAUAGUCCGGCGUCACCUUGAGGUUUUCUCCCCGGAGGCGAUUUGCUCGCGCUGAGACAGAGACAGUUGCAGCAAAAAGCUCACACUUCACUCAACAUAUUGCACAACUGUGUCCCCGACCGCAGGAGGCGAAACGCCUUGGAACCUUUUUUUUGCAGAGAGACACAGACAGCAUGACAAACACUUUUGUGCUUCUGAAAUAUUAUGCAAACGUGGGUUCAAGGACCCUCAGUUCAACUCAGGCCAAAGCUGGCAUUUAGUUGACAAGAAAAGAUGACGGGCAUCUCCAUGUCUGAUCCUCACACUGUCCGAUCCCUUGAAGCGAUUAGCACAAACGAAGCAUGCAGCUGAUCCACUUGUUUUAAAGACCUACUGCUGUUUUUAUGUCACUGUCUUUAUUCCCUUUCUGUAUUGUUAUCAGUUUUACGAAAUAUACACUGCAAUAGGCAACAGUAAACUGUAUGUAAUAUAUGAUAAAGGAAUGCUUUGAUAUGAAAAUCCAAUGAGGCGUAAUGAGAUGAACUGUAUAUCCACAUAUGUAUGUCAGGUAUCUUUAAAUCAAACAUAUUUUUAUAAUGCUUCUUAGAAAAUUAAUUAAAAAUAAA